ACACAAAGUGCUGCAGGAAGCAAUCGUGGAAGUAGCCCUGAGCUGCAGCAGACGCUUUACUCACCACGCUGCUGUCGUUGGUCCCUUGCACCUGAGGAGGACAAGAAGACCCGUGAACGCCUCACAAACUUGCCUUCAACUUUGUUCGUGAGAUCAUCAGAGAGGCUUGACCGCACAGGUGUGAGACAGAGCGACAAGUGGCCUUCCCCUGACAGCACCCUCACACGGGUCGCUAUGAGCGCUAGAGGGAGUGGCGCCCGCUCCAACGGCGCGCUGCCGCAGACCAAGAUCUGCCAGUUCAAGCUGGUGUUGCUGGGUGACAUGGCCGUGGGCAAGUCCAGCCUGGUGCUGCGCUUCGUCAAGGGACAGUUUGACGAGUUUCAGGAGACCACUAUAGGAGCUGCCUUCCUGGCCCAGUCGGUGUGUUUAGACGACACCACUGUCAAGUUUGAGAUCUGGGACACAGCAGGACAGGAGCGUUACCACAGCCUGGCACCCAUGUACUACCGAGGAGCUCAGGCUGCCAUUGUGGUUUUUGACAUCACCAAGCCGGAAACCUUUGAGAGGGCCAAAGCCUGGGUGAAGGAGCUGCAGAGGCAGGCCAGUCCCAACAUUGUCAUUGCUUUGGCGGGCAACAAGGCCGACCUGGCCGAGAAGAGACUAGUAGAAUAUGAGGAAGCACAGACGUACGCUGAUGACACCAGCUUGCUCUUCAUGGAAACCUCGGCCAAGACUGCCAUGAACGUCAACGAGCUUUUCCUGGCCAUCGCGAAAAAGAUGCCAAAAACAGACACUCAAAACCCAACGCAUGCAGCACGACAUAGGGGGGUCAACCUCCAGGACCCUGAUGCCCACUCCACCAGAGCUUGCUGUGGCGGAAACUAGACCACACACACCCCCCUUUCCCUACAAUGUGACCUCCCGCCCAAUAGCAUCCCUUCUCUAUCAGCCAGCCUUCUUGAAUGAUCAUCCUUAUCAGUGAAUCAAGCCAGCAGAGAAGAGGAGAGAACACAACAACAACCUGGAGGACAUAAAUUGUGAAUAUUCUGCCUUGUAUCAUUUCAGCUUGACUCCUCACUGAUAACCUACACUUGUACAAAGUGAACAAGCAAAGGAAGCAAGCAAUAUGAGGUAAAAUAAAAGGCUAAAUGUGCUUGACGCGCUUCAUCUGUGUGGUCCUAAAACCAACUGCAACACAGUUUAUGCGUGCAUUGUUUUUGUUUUUAUGUCAAGACUCCAUACAUGUCCCACAGGACAAAGCAAAAAAGAAAAUGCUAUUGCAGUGCUUUCUACACCAUACCACCAAUAAAGGCUCAAGCCACAAUGCAUAUGCUCACAUAAAAACUCAUAUUUACUAAUAAUUACAUGUAGCUGAGCACAGGGAGUAUUGAUUCCUUACGUAAAAACUUUCAGUUCUGUCAAUUGAGGAUGGAAUUAAGAAUGAGGAAAUAGUAAAAUUAAAUAAUUUAUUAAUGGAUUGAUUGGGGUAGGGGUGUGCGUGUCCUAGUUGUUGGAAGUGGGGAAAAUAAUGUAAGAAAUUCUACACAAAGACCUGAUCUGAUGGUGUUGAUAAAUAUAUGUAUAAAUGUGUUUAAUUGGAUAUCUGUGCUAAAUCCAAAUUGGUCAAAUCUGGAUUGAACAUGGCUUGAUAUUACAGCUGCAUACACGUUUGUAACAGUGUAACACUAUUUGUUAAGAGUUUCUAUUUAAUUUUAAUUGUUAGUUUGCACUGCUUUGUCUUGACAAUGACUUGGAAACACAUUCAAAUAAUUAAAAAGGUAUGAAUCUGUACAUGUGUUGGUAAUUAAUGAGAGAGGAAAUAAACAUUCACUCUUCCUGAUGA